CACUCCAUUGAAGUCAUAAGAAAACCCUAUACAACCCUUCGUUGCUUUAGUUUUCUCCCACCACUAUAAAAUCCCCAAGCUCUCAUCUCUUCUGCUUAGGCAGUGAUCAUUCAGCUUCAAAAACUUCAUUUUCUCAGAAAACCCACAGUUUUCCUCCGCAACCGUAUUUUUUUUUUUAAAAAAAAGGGAAGCUAGUACAAGAUAUACCUAGAGAGAAAACCCAUCUAUACAUAACCAUCACCAUUCAUUCUACCGAUCGAUCACCCUAACUACCUUGCCAGUAGGCUAACCCCAGUGGCUUGCAUCUCUCGGUGGCUCUCUCGUCUCUCUUUAAUACUCUACAUCAAGAAGUUUUUACAAGCCAUUUUUAUCCAACAAUUCGCCGCGUUUAUUGUAAUUGAAGGUUUCAAUUAAUAACAAAAUGAGAAUUCUCAUGUCUGCCUUCAAACAAGUAGUACAGCCGAUGGUGAGCUUCCAGGGCCCCGCGCUUACCAACAUCAACAUGGAUCCAUUUUUCCGGAGAAAAGAUAAGGUUGUGAUCGUAAUGGGAGCCACCGGGACUGGCAAGUCCCGGCUUGCCAUAGACCUCGCAAUGCAUUAUCCGGCGGAGAUUAUAAACUCGGACAAAAUGCAAGUCUACAAAGGCUUGGACAUCGUCACCAACAAAGUCACCGAGGAAGAGUGUAAAGGCAUACCUCACCAUUUGAUAGGCAAAGUCGAUCCCAACUCAAAUUUUACUGCCAAUGAUUUCAAGCACCAUGCGUCGUUGGCCAUCGAAUCCAUCUUGGAGCGUGACAGACUGCCGAUCAUUGCGGGUGGUUCGAAUUCGUACAUUGAAGCCUUGGUGGAUAAACACUCGGAGUUUCGAAUGAAGUACGAGUGUUGCUUUCUUUGGGUUGAUGUGGCCAUCCCUGUGCUCCACUCUUUCGUGUCGAAGAGAGUGGAUCGGAUGGUGAAGGUGGGUUUGGUGGACGAGGUGAGGAAAAUGUUUGACUCUACGACUGAAGCAGAAUAUACGCAUGGAAUCAGGCAAGCCAUAGGCGUGCCUGAAAUGCAUGAGUAUUUACACUGCGAAGCGAGUGGUAGUAACGAUGAUGAAACCCAAGAGAGGCUUCUUCAAGCAGCAAUUUCUAAAAUCAAAGAAAAUACUUGCAUUUUGGCGUAUCGCCAAUUGCAAAAGAUCCGCCGGCUGCAAGCUCGGCGGGGUUGGAACAUGCACCGCCUUGAUGCCACGGAGGCCUUCUUAAAGCACCAAGGGGAGGCGGAUCAAGCAUGGGAAAAAUUCGUGGCAACACCUGCCACGCGGAUGGUGGAUAAGUUCCUUUUGGACCCAAUUCCCUCCAUUCUUCCGACAGAGGCCGAUCAAGCCACCGCGAUUCUUUCCACGUCUAUGCCGACAGUGGCUGCCGCAACACGGUAACUAGAGGAAGUAGGCCUUGGCCUAAACAUAGAAUCUCCAUUAUCGCUCUAAUCUGGUCGGCCAUUUCUGCAGUAAAAAGGAAAAAAAUCUUAAGAUGAAAAAUAUAGUUAGAAACGUUGCUGUCACUAUCAGGUGGUUAAGUUGAAAGGAACCGGAUUCUCUCUAGAUCUAUAUAUACUGAGCCUGCUGAGUAUGCAAUUUAGGUCGUUGAAAUUUAAUUCAACGGUUACGAUUAUUAUAAUUUUUAAAGAAUUCUCUGUUUAUAACCGUUUGAUCAAAUUUUAACAGUCCGGAUCACAUAUUUAGUAGCCCAAUUUUAUUGGCUCUAGAGGGGAUCCGGUUCCAUCGAAAGUACCUUUACAUCUUUGGGUGGCGGUAAAGUUGGAAGCAUUUUGGAAAUCCGUGCUGGCUGCUUUGAAGUGCUUUCUUACAGUUCGUUUGUCCGUACGAACCACGAUGUGCGGUGCGCCUGCGUCACAUCAUCAUCAAUCAUGAGUUGCUCAAUAGGCUGUGGGGGUCCAUAUAUUAGGGCCCAUUAACUUCUCGUGUGUGAAGUAAAUAUAUGAGUGUAAGUAGAGAGUGGUGUUUUUUUUACCUUUUAGAUUGUGUACCGUUUUUACACCAUGGGAGAUGAUGAGCUCUUGGCUCUUUUUAUUUUA